AAGCACAUUUGUUAUUAAAUAAAAUAUAUAUCCUGCUGCCUGCUACAAGUUUUCUAAUCGGCCGCUAGAUGUCAGAGUCUGCACUUUCACAAGCAGAAUAUAAACAAACCUUUUUAGCUUAAUUAUAGAUAAUAGUAAUAAUCAUAAACAAAUUAUGAUUAUUUAGCUAAACACUACAACUCAAGAACGAAUUGUAUAGGGAGAGAGCGAGAGAGAGCGAGAGAGGGAGGGACAGAGAGAGAGAGACGGGGGAAGAGAGAGAGGGAGAAGGAGAGAGAGAGCACGCGAAAAAGACAGAAAAACAAGACAGACAUAUUUAGAGGUAGCUAAACUGCAAGUUUGUGCUUGUUUAGGCUACAUUGUUAUACACACCGCGAGGCUACCUCAUUCCUUGGAAUAUGACUCACAGACUAAACAUAACAGUUGCGGCUGAAUAAUCUGUAAUUCUUAAUUCUCUUACAAGAUAAAUCGGUCAAACCCGGACCGCAAUGAGCGCGUCUGCAGGAACAGGGGUGUUUGUGCUCUCCUUGAUGUCCAUCCCCAUCUGCUAUUUAUUUAAUUCCCUCAUUUACAGCAACAGUGCUGAAGCUUUCUUAUUCGCUGGAUGUACAACAGUCCUCAUCCUGGCCAUUUCAGCCCGUUUUAUGCUCAAGAAGAAGGCCCCAGUAGAUCCUUUUUUCUAUGUGUAUGCAGUGUAUGCAUUCCUCAGUGUGGUAAAUCUGAUCAUCGGGCUGGAGCAGGACAACAUCAUUGAUGGAUUUGUGACAUUUUACCUCAGAGAGGCAAAUCCACAUAUUAAAACAGCUUAUGGGCACAUGAUCUCCUAUUGGGAUGGCUGUGUGCACUAUCUCAUGUAUCUGCUCAUGAUUGCUGCGAUUACUUGGGGGGACAAUUACCGAGCCAUUGGACUCUACUGGGUGGGAUCUUUUCUUAUGCAUGCCAUAGUCUACAUUCUUGGGAAUGUUGUGGGGAAAUAUGGGACGCAUGUUAGUCCUCUCUUCCUCCUCCACAUGCUAUAUAUCUCAGUGUCUGUCUGGGCCUGCUUUCGCAUCUUCAGCCAGCCUGCCGCACGGGACGUUCAGUUUACAAGCAUGCAGGAGGCUGAGGGAAAAAGUUUACGCCAAAGACCUCUAGACCUACUGUUCAUUAUCUACCUCAUCCCUGCUUUUGCUUUCUGUGUCUUCAGAGGCCUGAUUGUCCUGGACUGUUCCAGCAAAUGGUGUCAAGACUACGCACAACAGUAUGAGCCUUACCUGAAAGACCCUUCAGCCUAUUCUAAAGUACAGAUGCUGGUGAGCAUGCUGUACUCCGGGCCGUACUACAUCAUUACUAUCUAUGGGCUGAUGGUCCCAGGAUGUGAGUGGAUGCCAGACCUGACUCGUGUACACUCAGCAGCAUUGGCACAGGCCCAGUUCUCUCAUAUCGGUGCGUCUCUUCACACACGGACGCCGUUCUCUUACAGAGUGCCUGCUGACAGUCAGCCUGUCUUCUUGCUGAUCAAUGUCCUUUAUGCUGUGGUGCCUCAGGCUCUCUGCUACCGCUGCUGUUCCAGGCCUGCCUUCUUCCUCAGACCAACGCCAGAUAAAAAGAUUGAAUGACAGAGAGUGGCAGGGAGAGAGAGAGUGCCAGGGAUAUCAAGGGUGCCUAAAUAAAAGGACUUGCAAAGUACUGCUCUGUGUUAUUAGCAGUUGCUAUUUUUGGAGAGGGAGCUGCCACCUGCUGAGUGGCAGUAUUGGAAACAUGACAAAAUACUCAGAGUUUUUAGAGUGCAUCUGUGUUGAAAUGUGAACAUAAAGUGUGUUUGUGUGUGCAAUCCACUAGCAAGCCCAGGAAGUCACAAACAAUGUUACAGUACAGAUGCUUUCCUAUUUUAAGACUUGUGUGGGGGGGAUUUAAAUAAUUGGCCAAAACUUUUGGUAAGUUUUUUGGUUACAAAAACUACUUUCUUGUUGACAUAUUUUUUCACCAUAUACUGUAUUUUAUCAAUAGGAAUGUAGUCGCUAUCUAAAGUGCAAAUCAAUUUAUUUGAUGUAAAGUUAUUCAAUAAAGAUGUUAAAAGUAAUGAACAACGAUUUUUGAUACAUUUGGUUUAAUUUGAAUGGACAAUUAAGCCUAACUUAAAAGGAGCUUUUAUCCCCUGGCUUGUACAAAACUAUCUGAACGUUUACUAUGAAUUUUAUUUUUG